AAUUGGAAAACCUACAAGCAGUAUAAAGACACUGUGUUGUGCUAAACUCAACAUCAGUUCUAAACAAUCAAUCUGUCAAGCAGUAUUCGAAACAGGCGAUCUAAAAUGUUUAAGAUUAUCGUCCUUGCUGUCUGUUUGACCAUUGUUGCCGCCGCUCCCUACUACGGAGGAGACUACAAUCAUCAUCAUGAGGAUCAUCAUCAUUCGCAUCCUAAGUACAAAUUCCGAUAUGGUGUUAAGGAUGGGUACACCCAUGAUCACAAGAGUGCCUGGGAACACCGCGACGGAGAUGUGGUGAAAGGACAAUACACUCUGGAUGAAGCCGAUGGCACCCAUCGUGUGGUUGAUUACAGCUCGGACCACAAGUCUGGAUUCCAGGUGCACGUUCAGCGCAACGGAGAAGCUCGUCACCCACACGGAACGAGCUACGUAAAAAUCGAUCAACAUUACUAAUAUGAGAAAGACUGAAACACAUCAAUGUUUCAUUGAUGCAUUGAGAAUAAGACUGCUACAAAUAAACACACUUAUAUGGUCAUAACUAAAUUCAAAAAGUUUUAUUAUAUCUUCAGAUGGCAUCAGCAAAAAAAAGUUUCACAAAUUUGUAGGUGGUACAGUCCAUGAUCGCUGUUAUGAGGAUUCCCCUUUCCCAUUUGAGGGGACCAGAAUCAAAGGGGUGUAAGUGACCAUUUUGCCGAUUUUGAGCUGAGCAUAUCAUAAAAUUCUUCAGAUUUGAAGCUUUCAGGAACUUUUUUAAGAUUGUUUCUACGAUGUUUGAAAAAAUUACAAUAAAUCAGUGAAAAUUGGGUUGAUUUUGAAACUCCAUACAUUUUGUAUGGGAUGAAAAAUUAGUCAAAAACUUUAAACCUCAUUUACUCGAAAGUGGGUUUUUGUCACUUACACCCCUUUACUUCUAACCCCCU